CAUACACAAAGAGUUGGGAAGAAUCGAUGGAGAUAUUGGACAAAUUUCGGCGACGGUCGGAACGUGAUGACUUCGUGUGCUGCCGCUGCGGUUGUGCUGUGCCCUGGGCAUGGGGUGUACAUUGGUGAGCGAGGCUGUGAUCCAGCACUGGGUGUAAACUGGAUCAUCGCGCCGUUCCAAGCCGGAGAAGGUGCAGCCUUUGUGCAGCAUGUAAAGCGGGCAGUGGAGUUGGCACACGAAGACCCAACUGCAACGCUUGUGUUCUCUGGCGGUGCAACCAAAGCAGAGACCCCAACGAGCGAGGCGCAGUCAUACCUCACUCUUGCCGAACAUCUUGGUGUCUUGGACGCUGCGCUGAGAGAGCGCACGCUGCUGGAAGAAUACGCACGCGAUUCAUUGGAGAAUCUUGCCUACACAGCUGCACUCAUCCAGGAACGAGCGGGGCCGACUCCGGUGCCGUCACCGAAAAUGCAGGUCGUUGGCUGGGAGUUCAAACGCGCUCGAUUCAUGCAGCAUGCGGAGGCGUUGAAUCUUGAUAUCACGUACAAAGGCCUUGGUGUCUGCUCCGACCUUGAAAGCGCGACAGCUGCUGAGAAGCGAACGCUGGCCUUGUUCUCAGAAGAUCCUCUCGGUGUGUACGUGAUGCGAUAAGAGGGUUGCUCAGCCUGGUCUCAAUGUAAAAGUCGUCGUCGUCGCCGUCGUUGUUAUUGUCGUUUGUCGGUUGUGACAGGAUUUUGCGGUGCGCGCAAUCUCUGUGAUUUGUGCGCGCCGUCCUCCUUUCACACACCAACACUGUCUUGUUCCAUCGUUGUGUCAGGCAACGUGCACUUGCUCGAUAAGCGACGGCAGCGCAACCCGCACCAGCGUCAGCGACCAUAUCGCGCCAAGAUUGCACGUGAUAUCGUCUGGUGAUCCUGCUGGUUCACAUGACAACCCCUCUCACACACCCACACCCCCACACACACCCCCACACACACCCCCACCCCCACACACCACAUACACACACACACACCCCCCCACAUCCCCCCCACAC